UAUGUGGACAAUACUUAAUUUACUUAAUUAAUGACUCUUCAUUAUAAAUUUCAGGAUGGGGUGGAUGACAGUAUUUUCUUUCUGGGGGCGUCCAGUAGCGGAGUGUCCUUCCACAAACACGCUGACGCAUGGAAUAGGGUCAUAUACGGACAGAAGCGGUGGUUCCUCUUCCCCUCCACCCACACCCCACCGGGAGGAGUGUACCCAGGCUUUACCCAGAUGGAGUGGUAUGACAGGAUUUACCCCUCCUUGUCGGGGGAGGAUCUACCCAUGGAGUGUGUCCAAGAGGCGGGGGAAAUACUGUACCUGCCAGAGGGGACCUACCAUGGUACAAUUAACCUUGGAGACACAGUAGCUAUUGGAAUUCAGAAGAAAGAGGCUUCCAUAGAGACAGAAAAACUAUUUUACAAAG